ACUGUCAUUGUUGCCAACAUAAGCUUAAAAGCCCUCAACCCAUAUCUUCUCGUUCCUGUUUCCCUUGCAUUCUCUGCUAAACAAGCUCGAGUUUUCUUUCCUAUUCGUCUCCUCCUCCCGACUUCCUCUUUCAUUACUCAACGUAAAGACCAAAGGGUGUUUGGAGGACCUGGGACAUCGAUCUCAGUUUGCUCGGUUUGAGAACAACAAAGAGAAUUACUCUGGUCUGAUGAGGUCGGCAGCGUGGUUGAAGCAUCUCCAAAAGGACUGACUUAAGGCAGCGACCAGAGAAAACAAACAAAGAGUGAAUUGAAAAUGGGUAGCCCAACAAUUGUACUGGACAAAAUUGUAGAGAAACUCGUUGACAUAGCAUUCGAAUCAGUGGGGCGUCAUCUGGGUUAUCUUUUUCAUUACAAGAAGAACAUGAAGAAUCUUGAAGUACAGAUGAAUAAGCUUCAGGAGCGGAGAGGAGCCAUUGAACGACAAAUUGAUGAAGCCAAGACUGGCGGUGAGGUUAUUGUGGAUGAUGUUUCAGAUUGGCUAAAGGAAGUGGACAUACUGAGACAAGGAGUUGAGUCCUUUACGAGAGACAAAACUGUUAAGGAAAACGUUCGGUGCUUUAAAUUCUCAUGUCCUGACUUCAAUUCGCGGUAUAGGCUGAGCAAGGAAGCCGAAAAGAAGAUGGGUGAUGUGAAAACUCUCGCUGAGAAAGCCAACUUUGGUACAAUUUCACGCCGUGCGCCACCUCCUCUAGAACUCCAAUUUCCAUCCAGCGGGGAGUACGUGAGUUUUGAUUCAAGAGCAUUGGUUUUCGAUAGGAUCAUGGAGGCAUUAACAGAUUCCAAGGUUAAUGUGAUUGGGGUGUAUGGAACAGGAGGGGUGGGUAAGACGACAAUGGUCGAAAAGGUUGGCGAACAAGUGAAAAAAAAUGGACUUUUCGAUGAGGUCGUGAUGGCAGUUGUCUCUCGGGAUGCAAAGGUGGCCAAAAUCCAAGGGGAACUCGCUGACCGUUUGCAUCUAAAACUGGAAGCGGAAACUGAAGUGGGGAAAGCAGAUCAACUCUGGAAUAGAUUGAGCAAUGGGAAGAGAAAUCUUGUAAUACUGGAUGAUAUUUGGAAAAAAUUGAACUUGAAGGAAAUAGGUAUUCCUAUCAGAGAUGGAAACAAAGGUUGCAAAGUUGUUCUAACAUCACGAAACCAACACGUCUUGAUAGAUAUGGACGUUCAUAAAGAUUUCCCUAUACAAGUGUUGUCAGAGGAAGAGGCGUGGAACCUAUUUAAGAACAAGAUGGGAAAUAAUGUCGACUCUCAUGAUCAACUUCACGACAUAGCAAAAGCGGUUUGUAGAGAAUGUCGGGGCUUGCCAGUUGCUAUACUUGCAGUUGGAGCUGCAUUGAAAGGCAAGAGUAUGUCUGCCUGGAAAAGUUCGCUAGAUAAACUUCAAAAGUCCAUGCUAAACAAGAUAGAGGAUAUUGACCCAAAGUUGUUUACCUCUUUACGGUUGAGCUAUGAUUACUUAGAUUCCGUGGAUGCAAAAUCGUGCUACUUGCUCUGCUGUUUGUUCCCAGAAGAUGCCCAGGUUCCAAUUGAGGAGUUGGCAAGACACUGCAUGGCGAGGAGGUUGCUUGAUCAAAACCCGAACACAUUGGAAGAAGCAAGAGAUAUUGUAUGUUCAGUGGUCAAUACCCUAAAAACUAGUUGUUUGCUUUUAGAUGGCAUAAACGAUGAUUUUGUGAAAAUGCAUGAUAUCGUGCGAGACAUUGCUAUUUUAAUAGCAAAAGAAGAGAAAGCAUUUCUAGUCAAACAUGGUGUCGAAGAGUGGCCGGAGACGGGGACUUAUGAGAAAUACUCGGCAAUCUCAUUAAGGUCUGAAAAUAUUAGCGAGCUUCCCGAAGAGUUGGUAUGUCCGGAUCUUCACACUUUAAUGCUUGAAUGUAGCCGCAGUAAAUUUCAGCGCGAACUCAGUAUUAAAAUUCCGGACAGGUUUUUUAGAGGGGCAGAGAAACUUGUGGUUUUGGAGUUGGACGGCGUAAGCAUGUUGCCACUACCAUCUUCACUAGGAAAAUUGAUGGAACUUCGGAUGUUAUGCCUAAUUAACUGCGAGUUGGGAGAUAUAGCAAUACUCAAGGAUCUUAAGAAUAAGCUUGAAGUACUUAGAAUCCGAGGUUCUGAUAUAAAGGCGUUGCCACAUGAGGUAGGAGAGCUAACUCGUCUUUGGUUGUUAGAUUUGGGGGAUUGCUACAAGCUCAAAGUGAUUCCAAGUGGUGUCAUAUCCAAAUUGCACCGGCUUGAAGAACUACAUUUUCCACUUAACUUUGAGAAUUGGGAGGGCACAACAGGCAAUGAGGAAACAAGCAAAGUGAGCAUUGACGAGCUAAUGUCAUUGCCUCGAUUAUCGACAUUAAAUAUUGGCAUACCUCGUGAUCACAUUGACGAGUUGUUGCCUGCAGACCUUGGCUUUCAGAAUUUGAUCAGAUUUAAUAUUACAGUGGGUGCCGCAUAUUAUGUCGAUAGCAAAGAUUAUUCAGUGGUGGUGCUUAGGGACAUUUAUGAUGAUUUCAACAUCUUGGAACGCCUACUUGGCAAACCUGGAAGAGGUGGACUAUACCCAUCAAGAUCCUUCAAUAACUUAACUCAACUAUUACUUGAAGAUUGCAGAUUGAAAUAUCUCUUCUCCCCCUCCUGCGCAAGAGGACUUCUGCAACUCCAAAGUCUACGAAUAUGGAGAAGUGAGAUCAUGGAAGCGGUAAUUGGAAAUGAAGGAGAAAAGGAUGAAGAAAUAAUCGCAAAUGCUAUAAAGUUCAGUCAAUUGCAAAGUUUGCAUUUGGAAAGUCUACCAUGCCUCAUAAGCUUCUAUCCUCGGAUAAAGAAGGCAACAACAAUUGAGAGUCAUUCUUUUUCACCUGCACAGUCUCUCUUUAAUGAAAAGGUUGCAUUCCCUGUUUUGGAGGGAUUACACAUUGAAUCAGUGCCAAACAUAACAGAGAUAUGGGAUAAGAACUUACCUCCAACUGAGUCCUUUUGUCGACUGAGGUCCUUGAAAGUCUUGUAUUGUGGGAAGCUGAAGAAAGUGGUCCCGUCACAUAUUCUCCCACAGUUAAAGAGUAUAGAAACCCUUGAAGUUACCUAUUGUUGGGAGAUGGAAGUGAUCGUAGUCUUGGAGAGAAGGGAAGAAGAAACACAAGAAGCCACCAAUAAAGAUAUGAUCAUCAUGUUCCCUCAACUAAGGGCAAUGACGCUUCAAAUUUUGGAAAACCUUAAAUGUGUUUGCACCUACAAAUUCGAAGACCAACUCAAAUUCAACGUGCAGUUCCCUCAACUGCGGAUUUUGAAUCUCUAUAACUUGGGAAGACUUUCAAGUUUCAACGACACUUCUACAAUAACAGAAACACGGCCCUUGUUCAACCACCAGGUUGCAUUCCCUGUUUUGGAAGAAUUAUACAUUAAUUCAGUGCCAAACAUAACAGAGAUAUGGGACAAGAAUUUACCUCCAGCGGAGUCCAUUUGUCUACUGAGGUUCUUGGAAGUCCGCAAUUGUGAGAAACUGAUGAAUGUGGUCCCAUCAUACAUGCUACCACUGUUAAAGAGUAUAGAAACUCUUGAAGUUUCUGAGUGUCCAGAGAUAGAAGUGAUUGUAGUCUUGGAGAAAAAGGAAAAAGAAACACAAGAAGCCACUAAUAAAGAUAUCAUCAUCGUGCAGUUCCCUCAACUGCGGAAACUGAGACUCGAGAAUUUGGAAAGACUUUCAAGUUUCAACAACGACACUUGUACAAUAACCGAAACACGACCCUUGUUCAACCACCAGGUUGCAUUUCCUGCUUUGGAGGAAUUAAUCAUAAGUUCAGUGCCGAACAUAACAGAGAUAUGGAACAAGAACUUACUUCAGCCUGAGUCUUUUUGUCUACCGAGGUCCUUGGGAAUCCGGGGUUGUGAGAAACUGAGGUCCUUGAAAGUCGAGGAUUGUGAGAAACUGAUGAAUGUAGUCCCGUCACAUAGGUUCCCACUGUUAAAGAACAUAGAAAUCCUCAAAGUUUCCAACUGUCCGCAGAUAGAAGUGAUCGUAAUCAUGGAGAAAAGGGAAGAAGAAACACAAGAAGUCACCAAUAAAGAUAUGAACAUCAUGUUCCCUGUACUUAGGAAUUUGCAGCUUCUAAAUUUGGAAAACCUCAAAGGUGUUUGCGCCUACAAAUCCGAAGACCGACUCUGCUUCAACGUCCAGGUUGCAUUCCCUGCUUUGGAGGAAUUAAUCAUAAGUUCAGUGCCGAACGUAACAGAGAUAUGGGACAAGAACUUGCUUCAGCCUGAGUCUUUUUGUCUACCGAGGUCCUUGGGAAUCCAAGGCUGUGAGAAACUGAGGUCCUUGAAAGUCAGGGGUUGUGAGAAACUGAUGAAUGUGGUCCCGUCACACAUGCUCCCACAAUUAAAGAGUAUAAAAACCCUUGAAGUUUCCGAGUGUCCGGAGAUGGUAGUGAUCGUAGUCUUGGAAACAAGGGAAGAAGAAACACAAGAAGCCACCAAUAAAGAUAUGAUCAUCGUGUUCCCUGAACUUAGGAGUUUGCAGCUUCUAAAUUUGGAAAACCUCAAAGGUGUUUGCGCCUACAAAUCCGAAGAUCGACUCUGCUUCAACGUCCAGGUUGCAUUCCCUGCUUUGGAGGAAUUAUCCAUUGAUUCAAUGCAUAACAUAACAGAGAUAUGGGACAAGAACUUACUUCAGCCUGAGUCUUUUUGUCUACUGAGAUGCUCGGGAGUCCGGGGUUAUGAGAAACUGAGGUCCUUAAAAGUCAUGGAUUGUAAGAAAUUGAUGAAUGUGGUCCCGUCGCACAUGCUCCCACUGUUAAAGAAUAUAGAAAUCCUCCAAGUUUCCAACUGUCCGGAGAUGGAAGUGAUCGUAGUAUUGGAGAAAAGGGAAGAAGAAACACAAGAAGCCACCACCAAUAAUGAUACAAUCAAUGCGUUCCCUGAACUAAGGUAUUUGAUACUUGAAGAAUUGGAAAACCUUAAAGGUGUUUGCGCCUACAAAUCCGAAGACCGGCUCUGCUUCAACGUCCAGUUCCCUGAACCGCGGAUUCUAACACUCAGUGAUUCGGGAAGACUUUCAAGUUUCAACAACACUUCUAUAAUAACGGAAACACGACCCUUGUUCAACCACCAGGUUGCAUUCCCUGCUUUGGAGGAAUUAUACAUUAAUUCAAUACCAAACAUAACAGAGAUAUGGGACAAAAACUUAAUUUCAACUGAGUCCUUUUGUCUACUGAGGUCCUUGGAAGUCAAGAAUUGUGAGGAACUAAUGAAUGUGGUCCCGUCACACAUGCUCCCACAGUUAAAGAGUAUAAAAACCCUUGAAGUUUCCGAGUGUCUAGAGAUGGAAGUGAUCGUAGUGUUGGAGAAAAUGGAAGAAGAAACACAAGAAGCCACCACCAAUAAAGAUAUGAUCAUCAUGUUCCCUCAACUAAGGGAAAUGACGCUUCGAGAUUUGAAAUACCUUAAAUGUGUUUGCACCUACAAAUCCGAAGACCAACUCAAAUUCAACGUGCAGUUCCCUCAACUACGGAAACUGAGACUCGAGAGUUUGGAAAGACUUUCAAGUUUCAACGACACUUCUAUAAUAACCGAAACACGACCCUUGUUCAACCACCAGGUUGCAUUUCCUACUUUGGAGGAAUUAUCCAUUUAUGGAAUGCCAAACAUAACAGAGAUAUGGGACAAGAACUUACUUUCAGCUGAGUCCUUUUGUCUACUAAGGUCCUUGAAUGUCAAGAAUUGUGAGAAACUGAUGAAUGUGGUCCCGUCACACAUGCUCCCACAGUUAAAGAGUAUAGAAACCCUUGAAGUUUCUGGGUGUCCGGAGAUGGAAGUGAUAGUAGUCUUGGAGAAAAGGGAAGAAGAAACACAAGAAGCCACCAAUAAAAAUAUGAUCAUCGUGUUCCCUCAACUUAGGAAAAUGACGCUUGGUGGAUUGGAAAACCUUAAAGGUGUUUUCACCUACAAAUCCAAAGACGACCAACUCUGCUUCAAUGUCCAGGUUGAAUUUCCUUCUUUGGAGGAACUAUCCAUUAUUUCAAUGUCGAACAUAACAGAGAUAUGGGACAAGAACUUACUUCAGUCUGAGUCUUUUUGUCUAUUGAGGUCGUUGGGAGUCCGAGGUUUUGAGAAACUGAGAUCGUUGACAGUCAAGAAUUGUGAGAAACUAAUGAAUGUGGUCCCGUCAUACAUGCUCCCACUGUUAAAGAAUAUAGAAAUCCUCAAAGUUGAGAGUUGUCCGGAGAUGGAAGUGAUCGUACUCUUGGAGAAAAGGGAAGAAGAAACACAUGAAGCUGCCAAUAAAGAUACGAGCAUUGUGUUCCCUGGACUAAGGAGUUUGGAGCUUCAAAAAUUGGAAAACCUUAAAGGUGUUUGCGCCUACAAAUCCGAAGACCGACUCUGCUUCAACGUCCAGGUUGCAUUCCUUGUUUUGGAGGAACUAUACAUUGGUUCAAUGCCAAACAUAACAGAGAUAUGGGAAAAAAACUUACGUCAGCCGGAGUCUUUUUGUCUACCGAUGUCCUUGAGAUUACGGGGUUGUGAGAAACUAAGGUCCUUGAAAGUCAAGGAAUGUGAGAAACUGAUGAAUGUAAUCCCGUCACAUAUGAUCCAACUGUUAAAGACCAUACAAAUCCUCGAAGUUUCCAACUGUCCACAGAUGGAAGUGACCGUAGUCAUGGAGAAAAGGGAAGAAAAAACACAAGAAGCCACCAACAAAGAUAUCAUCGUGUUCCCUGAACUAACGAGUUUGACGCUUCGAAAAUUGGAAAACCUUAAAGGUGUUUGCGCCUACAAAUCCGAAGACCGACUCUGCUUCAAUGUCCAGGUUGCAUUCCCUGCUUUGGAGGAAUUAUCCAUUGAUUCAAUGCAUAACAUAACAGAGAUAUGGGACAAGAACUUACUUCAGCCUGAGUCUUUUUGUCUACUGAGAUGCUUGGGAGUCCGGGGUUAUGAGAAACUGAGGUCCUUAAAAGUCAUGGAUUGUAAGAAAUUGAUGAAUGUGGUCCCGUCACACAUGCUCCCACUGUUAAAGAAAAUAGAAGUCCUCGAAGUUAAGAAUUGUCCGGAGAUGGAAGUGAUCGUAGUGUUGGAGAAAAGGGAAGAAGAAACACAAGAAGCUGCCAAUAAAGAUAUGAUCAUCGUGUUCCCUCAACUAAGGAAAAUGGAGCUUGGAAAAUUGGAAAACCUUAAAGGUGUUUGCGCCUACAAAUCCGAAGACCGACUCUGCUUCAAUGUCCAAGUUGCAUUCCCUUCUUUGGAGGCAUUAUGCAUUUGUGAAAUGCCAAACAUAACAGAGAUAUGGGACAAGAACUUACUUCAGCCUGAGUCUUUCUGUCUACUGAGAUCCUCGGGAGCCCGGGGUUAUGAGAAACUAAGGUCCUUGAUAGUCGGGAAUUGUAACAAAUUGAUGAAUGUGGUCCCGUCACACAUGCACCCAUUGUUAAAGAAUAUAGAAAUCCUCCAUGUUUUCAACUGUCCAGAGAUGGAAGUGAUCGUAGUGUUGGAGAAAAGGAAAGAAGAAACACAAGAAGCCGCCAAUAAUGAUACUAUCAUUGUGUUCCCUGAACUAAGUUAUUUGAUGCUUCAAGAAUUGGAAAACCUUAAAGGUGUUUGCGCCUACAAAUCUGAAGACCGGCUCUGCUUCAACGUCCAGGUUGUAUUUCCAAAGUUGAUUAUUCUAGAUUUUUACCUUGACGAGCAUACAAGGAAGAUCUUAAGAGAAGCAACAUCUAAAAAAAAGGAAUGUGCAACAACGGAUGCAAGUAGUAGCGGUAUGCAGCUCCAACCCUGAAAUAUGACACGUUUUAUGCUAUGUCACAAGGACCCAGUUGUGAUUUGAGUUGAAGUUGCUGGAGUCUCGAUUAGUACACUGGAUUGCCUCCGACAUCGAAAAGAAACAUGUGGUAGUGAUGCUGUCUCUCUUUAGACUGUAAAUAACAAAAUAAAUUUCCCUUGUUCAUUUGUGUUUUCAUCUGCAAUGAGUUGGGUUUACACUAUCCAACGUAAGCUGUUUACUGUUUGCAUGCGUACCGAUUCAAAACUCUGUUUAGCUACCUAUAUGUACAACAAAAUAUGUGUUGUUCUAUGAUUAACCUAUUACCUA